AUGUUCUUCUCACUAUUCAUCGCCCGGCUCUGGGCCGUUCUUUCGUUCCUUGUCCUCCCCUCAGCUGUCGAUGCCCACAGGACACGAGAUGUUGCGACCGAUGCGGCGAAUGUAGAUCAUCAUGACCAUGGAGCUUCUCCGGAGUGGAUCUAUCGCAGUAAUCAGACUCUCCACCGACGUCCUUCGCCAAUGCCCCUGUCGACGGUCAAUUUGAGUGGGAAGUCCAUUUCCGCAAAUACAUCGGAAUGUACGUCCAGUAUCCCGAAGCAGCGCAAGAGGGAUACCCAGGCCACAGGAACAAGCACAAAAGGCACCUUUCUGGUGUUUGCGAGAGAUGCAGCAUCGGCAUACUCUGCGUAUUCCGGAUUGAAUGACUAUGGAAUUCCAUACCAGCUCGUCCUAGUGCCGGCUACUGGAGUGACUCUACCGACUCUUAAAGCUUCCAACACGGUCGGUAACUAUGGGGGAAUUGUUGUACUUUCGGAAGUUAGCUACCAGAAUUCUGCUGGCAACUACGUUUCAGCAUUGACAAGUGAUCAAUGGAACGCGCUAUACGAUUAUCAGGUCAAUUUUGGGGCUCGCUUGGUCCGUCUGGAUGUUCUUCCUUCGGCGGCAACGGGUACAACUGCCUCGGAUGCAUGCUGCGGCGAUACUCAAGAACAGCUGGUUUCCAUUAGCGAUAAUUCUCAGUUUCCGACCGCAGGAUUAACAGUCGGGGCUACUAUGAGCACUAUUGGGCUUUAUCAUUACCCUGGAACGAUUGCGAACUCUUCAAUAGCCAAGCCCUUCGCGAUUUUUGGGGCGACCACGGGAUCCAAGACGACUUCUGUUGCUGGUGUUAUUAAUACAUUUCCCGGAAGACAACAGGAGCCAGAUGCCGGAUAUAGAAGGAUAAUGCUUAAUACGCAAGUCGACGAUGUGUUUCUCUCCACCUACACCUAUAGCCAACAAACCUACCGACUUACUUCGACUGAUGUCGCUACCCACAUCCAGUGGCAGGGCUCUAUUGGGAACAAGAUGCCGCCUGGAAGUAAUUACACAAUGGAGCUUGGGCACAAUGGGAAUGGGAAUAUUGAAUUUUCCAACGACAUUGCACAGUCCGCUUGUCUCCCGACUGGCCCAAUUGAUUUAGGUGACCAACCAUCUACCGACCUCGAGUACAUGAAACCCAUAGGAACAGGCACCACUCUUUGGCCCUCAACCGCAUCUAAGUAUCAAUAUGGAGCCACCUGCAUCACGACAGAUCCCCUCGCACAAUUUUUUCAAACUCCCAACAUCCGUGAUAGCUUCAUGCAUCUUUCACACACAUUUACUCAUGAGGAUAUGAACGCCGCUACAUAUACUGAUGCAGCCAACCAAAUCAGUUGGAACAGGGCUUGGUUGGAGCAAUCUGGCAUCGCGAGCGCCAAGUGGUACAGCGGAAAGGGGCUGAUCCCACCCGCUAUCACAGGAUUGCAUAACGGGGAUGCAUUGCAGGCGUGGAAAGAUAACGGGAUCCUAAAUGUCGUGGGCGAUAAUACUAGGAGCAUUUUGAUGAACCAGUGCGAUACCACAGCCUGCGACGCCGACGAAUGGGUGUCUUUCGGCAAUACUGGCACUUUCUCCGACCUCCUCGCCAUCGAAAAGGAUGCUAACGCUCGCCAUCUGAUGGGCCUGCACCACGAUCCAUAUAUGUUUCACCAAGCAAAUCUCCGAUGGGAAGGUGUCGCGAAGAACACACCGAUCGGCGGUGUCUCUGGGCAGUACUCCUUAUUGCAGCUAUGGGUGGAGACUGUUGUAGGAGAAGUUCUUAGACAUGUGAACUGGCCGAUAAUCAGCCUCAAGCAUGACGAUUUAGCGGUAUCCUUUAGCCAACGCGCCAAGCGCGACGCCUGCAAGUACAUCAUAACGUACCAACACGCCGGUACAAAUAUUGUAGGUUUCACCGUCUCGGCACCUUCAGUCAAUAAUAAAUGCGGGGCUCCCAUUCCAAUUACUGUCCCUGGGGGCGUGUCGCAUACACAGGGAUAUGUGACGGAGCAACUGGGCAACGACCCCUUAACUAUCUGGGUAGAUCUGAAGGGGAAGGAGGUCUCGUUUUCGCUCAAGUUUGCUGUGCCUUGCAAAGACAGUGCAAAAAUGGUUGGAUUUCCUGCUGAUGAUAGAGCUAAUCACAAGUCGAGUCCACUGCGGGCGUCAUUCAUACAAUCCUAA